CCUCCCCUCCGUGGCUGACGGUCCGUUAGCUGCCGCUGCUCACCGGCAAUGAUACAGCAAACACGGUCUCGGUAGGGCACACGGCCUCGUCUUUUUAACGUAAAAACGAUAGACAUUAGUUAGACACCGUUGUCAGUUGGCGUUAAGUCGUCAAGGUUCUUUCGGAGGGAAAAGAAGCGGAUGUCCGCGAGAGGAAUGGAUGCGGCGACUGUUUUCAUGCGACAUAGGUCGGACAGCUCAAAGGCUUCGACGAGCACCUGAUGGCCGCCAAAGUGUUUAACGGCUAAAUCGUCGCCCCGCUUGCUUUUGACGCUACCGUGUGUGAUCUAAAACCAUAAGGUACGACAAGACCCACAGGAGCGAAGCGAAUCACUUCUGCUGACCAAACUGGAUUUUAAGCUAACCGGUUCGAACGAAUUGUUUUGCUUUCAUUUACCCCAUUUGAUUAUUUCUUAACGUGCGCUGAUUAGUGUGUUUGUGUUUGCUUAUCAGUUCACAUUACGGUCGUUAUUACAAGGACACAAUAUGACAUUUCGCUGAUGGGGCUUUAGCAUCGCGAGCGAGCUAGCUUCUGUGUUAGCUAGCAGGUAGCGUCAAAAGCCACCAGUCACCCUUUCCGAGGAACCCAACAACUCAAGCCCGUUCUUCAGCAAGAAUGCACCACCAGGACUUUUCUGGGGACCCUCCCGGUACUGGCAGUAGGAAAACGGUCUAUCAUUACCGCAGGGGCAGCAGCGGGGCUCCUGCUUCCUCCACUGGCUCUGGAGUCAUCACGCUUGAAGACAGUCCAGCCCCAGCUGGAACCUCAUCUCCAGGACCCCAUCAACAGCCUGUGUCCCAGCUGGCGGGAGCUCAAGUGAAGAAGAAAAGUGGCUUCCAGAUAACAAGUGUCACCUCUGCCCAGAUCAACGUCAGUGGCAGUAACAGUUUAGCUGAUGAUACUGAGAGCUAUGAUGACCUUGAUGAAUCCCACACCGAGGACCUCUCCUCCUCUGAUAUGCUGGAUGCUUCAGUGUCCAGGGCCACAGACACAGGUGUGCCGGAGAGAAGUUCGUCGGAUGAGACGUUAAACAGUCUCCAUGGGGUUGACACUCCUGGCCUUGUGUCACCUAAUGAGCCUUCUUAUCCACAUUCCAUCCAGGCAUCCCAGAAACAUACCUCUAUGGUAAAUGGAACAGUUCACCAUUAUUAUCCUCAGCAGCACAGUCUGCCCAAUCAGCAUCAGUCAGACAACUUGGGAGGAGGUGAAUCGGCAUUGCCAGCUCUCCACAUUGCAGCGUUGGCUAGCUCAGGCCCAAGUGUAGUUUUCAAAACGGGGGCUAACCAGUCCCAGAGGCCACCACUGUCAGACAGCACCAAACCCCCACCAUCAGCCCCUAUUGUUGCUAGGGUGGCUGGGAUGGCAAGUGAUGCACAUCUACACGGGAAUUUUCCGAGUGCCUCCUCUGUCACUCCAGUCCCGCCUUCUGGGCAGCAAGGUUUUGACAACACAAGUGUGAGUGGGCCAACAUCUUCAACUGGUGGAGUCAGCGGCCAGUCAGCCACUGCCUCCAGCACUCAAACCCAGACCACUACCGGCUCACGUUUCAGAGUGGUCAAACUGGACACUAACUCCGAACCGUUCCGCAAAGGAAGAUGGACGUGUACGGAAUAUUAUGAGAAAGAGAUUCCACCUGCGGCGGGAUCAGAGGCACCUAAGGGUGCCGAGCCUUCUGUCGAGACUGAGCCUGGUGACGCUGGAGGAAGUCCAGUUCUUACAGCCGUCCAGCCGCCUCACACUUUGCAACCAUAUCAGCUGUCAAGUCAGGACUUCACCAGUCCACAUACGAUGCAAAGCCCACCACAAGCACCGGCGCAAAUCACCCCUCUCAACUAUGUGUCGCCCCAGGAAGUAGUUGGUGCAGCUCACAUGCAGAAACCAGGCGCUGCUGUUGCUCCCCCAGCAACUCUACAACAGGCUGUUGCAAACCAGUCCCCUCAGCAGUUACCCUACGCUGUGGACCGGCACCAGGCUCAGGCACAGGGAGGUUAUGUUUCACCUCAGAUUAGUGCCGGAAUCUUAUCUGGAGGAAGUGGCCGGCAACCAGACUUCAUCCAGCCCACUGCUCCGUUCCAAACCCAAGUCCAGCCUCCACUGACACACAUGCCAGGAGCCAUAUCACCAGGAUCAGGGGUGUCGGCACAGCCUCCAGGCGGAAUUGCUCAGCAGUUACCCCAUCUAGGUCAUGUGGCUCCAUCUGCCAUGGAAACCAGCCAGCCACAUUCUCAUCCUCUUCAGCCGGUAUCCACCGCCACUGUGCCCCCAGCGCAGGGGACCCCCUACAUCCCUUUGACUGCACUUCAAGCUGACCUCCAACCCCUCCUUUACCCAGCCCCCAUGGCAGGAGGGAGCUCCCUAAAAACCUCCCAGCUGGAAGAUGCACAGAAGCUUUUAUUUCAGCACCAGGGCCUCCUGGGACUGCCUAGGCUGGGCGCUGCCGCGGGCGGAGUGGGCGCUCUGGAUGCCGGCAUCGCUGUCGGAGGCUUGGCCCACAUUGGGAUGUCGGCUGAGGCAAGCGCCUUUGUGGCUGCAGCUGCUGCUGGCCUGAGGACUCAGCCUGCUGAAGGAGAUGAGGACAGCGCUUCGGGUGCAAGUGUUGUGGCCAUAGACAACAAGAUAGAGCAAGCGAUGGACCUGGUGAAGAGUCACCUGAUGUACGCCGUGCGCGAGGAGGUGGAGGUGCUCAAGGAGCAGAUCAAGGAGCUGAUCGAGCGCAACACCCAGCUGGAGCAGGAGAACAACCUGCUCAAGACCCUGGCCAGCCCCGAGCAGAUGGCUCAGUUCCAGGCCCAGGUCCAGACCGGCGCCUCCCCCACCGGCGCCGCCCAGCCUCCGCCCCCGGGCUCGGCCGGAACGACGCAAGCUCUCCCCUCCACACAGAACUCUGGUGCGUCUGCCUAACCUCCCCCCCACGCUCUGGGGAUUAGCGAAUGGGACGAGAGGAGCCAUACUGUGACCCCUCCUCCUCCUGCCUCGCCGCUCCACGCCACCACCACCAACUAUGCCGCCAUCUUGAGGAUAUCCUACACUUUGUGUUUUUUGGUUGCACAUUUUAUUUAUGGCGUGUGUCUGCCUUGUCUCUGACUUUGACCCGCUUCAAACAAUCGCUGUUGUCACGGUGAUGGGGGCACCCCGGUUUGUGUGAUCCCACCCCUCACAAUCAGAACAUUCCACCCCCCCGAGUGCAUCUUAUCUACUUGCACACGUCGCUGCUAACAAUGGAUGAACUUUUUUUUUUAAACUGAGGACGCACCCCCCCACCCCCCAUCUGGAAUGGGAAGCGGACAUUUCCGGACACGGCGGGAGGGUUGGGGGGGGCGGGUUGAAGAGAAAAGGUAUAAGCGGCACAUCACUGUUCACUCUUCUGCAGCAUCACGUGGCCGUCCCCGCCCCCCCCCCCCCCCCCCCCCCCCACAUGCCCGCCCCUCUUGGAUGAGGAGUUAAAUAUUUAUGCAGGGAAUCAAUGUGUGUUUUUAUAGAGAGAAGGUUUAGGAACGUUUUUUUUUGUUGUUUUUUUGUUUUGUCCUAGUGAUGUGCAAAAGUAAAAACAACGUUGAGGUGUUUGAUAGGAUAAACGUUGCCAAUUCUGCCAAGUGCCUGGUUUUUAACCAUAGAUACAUAUAUAAUCUCUUUCUGUUAUUUUAUAUGUAAAUAUAUUUGUGUAUAUAUGUGUGUAUAUAUAUAUAUAUAUAUAUAUCUAUGGUUUGCCAGGUGGAGAAGUACCUGCGUAUCAGCACUCUCAGACGAGGAUUUUUUACCUCCACGCUGAACACGCAAAGCAACAUGGGACUGUUUCUAUCAGGGAAUGUUUGUCCAUGACGUUGUUUUUUUGAAGCGAGUGAGGAUGUUUUACUUUAGUCUUUUGUACGGCCAAGCGUCUGUCGCCGGCACGCUCGCGCAUACACUUUGGCAAGAAUGGAUGUCAGUGUUUUGUGCAUGUUCCUCAGCCCAUCACAAAUGUGACGUUACAAUUUGCACUAGACAGUUGCACCUCAAAUAAAAGUGGAAACAAAGAGAAACAAAGGACUGAUUUUUUUUUGGUUUAGUUUUGGAAUGCUGUGCUGCUUGCCUGUCAGUGAGGAAACGGUAGCUCUUUCUUUAGCAGGAGCCAAUCACAAGCUAUUAGUGAACUCGCGAUGAGCUUGUCAGAAAUAGCAGGUAGUUACUGAGUAGGACAGUCUGACUCAUGGUGCUAACUUACAUAGAACGCUAACUCACACAGCAACUUAACACUCUAAACUGGGCAAGGUACAAGGCAAGUGCCAUUCAUUCAUUCAUCAAUUUUCUAUACAUCUUAUCCUCACGAGGGUCGUGGGCAAGCUGGAGCCUAUCCCAGCUGUCUUCAGGCAAGAGGCGGGGUAAACAAAAAUAAACAUGUGAACAUAUGUUGGCAAGUUUGUCAUUGGAAGUACAUGAUUUAAGCAGGGUGGAUGAUGUAGACGCAGCUUGGAGAAAAGCUUUCUCCGACAGCGAGCCGGGACCAUACAGGGGAGCCUCAUACUCCUGCUAGCCAUCGCUGAGUGGGUGAAAGUGGCACCACAACAGACAUUAGCAUUUAUUAGUGGUAAGUACCCAUACUUUUUAUA